GCUCUACUAACUAGCUAGAUGAUGAGGGCCUCUUCAUUAUUUGAUGAGAUGUCAGCUUCUACUAAUAGCACAAUUGCUUUACUACCAAGCACUCACAUUUUUUUAGCAUUUUUAAUGUGCUUAGUAGCGUUUGCUAUAAUGCUAGGAAAUGCUGUGGUUAUUCUAGCUUUUGUGGUGGACCAAAAGCUUAGACAUCGAAGUAAUUACUUUUUCCUUAACUUGGCCAUUGCUGACUUCUUUGUUGGUAUGAUCUCCAUUCCUUUGUACAUCCCUCACACGCUGUAUGGUUGGAGCUCUGAAAGUAAACUCUGUGUGUUUUGGCUCAUUGUUGACUAUCUUUUGUGUACGACAUCUGUGUAUAACAUUGUACUCAUCAGCUACGAUCGAUACCAGUCAGUCUCAAAUGCUAUAUCUUACAGAACUCAACACAUUGGGAUCUUGAAGAUCGUAGCUCUGAUGGUGGCUGUCUGGGUUCUGGCCUUCUUAGUGCACGGGCCAAUAAUUCUAGUUUCAGAGUCUUGGAAUAAUUCCAGUGUCAGAGUCUCGGAGAAAAAGGACUGUGAACCUGGGUUCAUUUCCAAAUGGUACAUCCUCGCCAUCACUUCAUUCUUGGAAUUUGUGGUUCCAGUCUUGUCAGUGGCCUAUUUCAACAUAUACAUUUACUGGAGGCUGUGGAAGCGUGGUAAUCUCAGUCGGUGGCAAAGCCAGCCUGGACUCACUUCUCCUACCCCUCCCAAUAACUGUGGACGCUCACUCAGGGGUGGACUGUUUUCAAGAACAUCUCUUCCUGAACUGAAGGAAACAGCAACAUCUGUUCCUUCGAAGAGACACGGUAGAAAGAGCAGUCUCUUGUUUUCUCUAAGAGCCCAGACGAAUAGCAAUAUAAUUGCUUCCAAAAUGGCUUCCCUCUCCCAUUGUGAUUCCCUGUGUCUUCACCAAAGGGAACACAUUGAACUGCUCAGAGCCAGGAAAUUAGCCAAGUCACUGGCCAUUCUCUUAGGUGUUUUUGCCUUUUGCUGGGCUCCAUAUUCUCUGUUCACGAUCAUUCGUUCAUUUCUUUCACCAGAACAGCGUCCUCAAACAAUUUGGUAUGAAAUCACCUUUUGGCUUCAAUGGUUCAAUUCCCUUGUCAAUCCUUUUCUGUAUCCAUUAUGUCACAAGCAUUUCCAGAAGGCUUUCUUGAGAAUAUUUCAUGUGAAAAAGCAACCCAUACUAACACAAAAUCGGUCAAUGUCCUCUUAAAGAUGAUUUUAUCAUUUACAAAAAUUUUAGUCUUAAGCUCACAUACAUGAAUUUGAUCUGACAUUCAUUUUUCCCUUUCCACUAGGCAAGGCAAAAUGAGAAAAGUCCAUAAUAUUGUAACACUUGCAAACUUAAAAGAAAAAUCAGAAACUGGAAGUCAAGGGAAAAUAACCAGAAAUAGACAACAAUCUUUUUUGUAAACUCACAGCCACAAAUGCACUGUACUUUUCUUACUCAUUGCCUCUUCCUUGUCUUUUAGAUCUUUAUAUAACACUGAUUGCGAAAGUCAAGAGUUCUUGUUUUCUAUGUUCAGUGUUUGCUAUAGUGUUAAGUGAAUUUCCCUUUUAUUUUAUAGUGAUGAGAAAUUGUCAAGUUGUAAAGUCAUUUUUUCCUAAAGUAUACAAUAGAAGAGGGAGAUAUAUUGUCCUCUUCGCUGGAAGUGGGAAGGCAUGUUGGGAUUUGAGUUGUCAGGAGCAGGGAGCCAGGGUGUGCCCAGAUGGAAAGGUAGAAGGCACGUGUACUUCCAGGCUCUAUGCUACUGAUUCCAGAAAAGAAGAAAGUGUGGGGAGGGAAGAGCAGGUAACUGCGGUUCUCAGAGUUCCUCAGAGGGCCUGGCAAUCAUAGGAUAAGAGAGUAAGUGAGAGACAAGAUCACCAACUGGUUGAAAGAUGGCUUUCCUUUUGUCCUUCCUGCCCUCUUCUUCCAACUUCCACAUCAGCUAAAACAUCUGUGAGAAAAUAUGUAAGAGAAAGGCUAUGAGAUGGCAAAAGGACUCUAUGAUUAAACUUGAUGUAGCUGUUUAACAUUCUCAGAACUAAUAGAUGUCAAUAAUUAUUAAUAAAAUAUACUUCUGUAUUUAUUUGACGUCUUUAACGUGUGUGUAGUGCUAAGAGUGAUUUCUUUAUGUGCCAUUAGUGUAAGUUAUACCUUCCUGAUGAGUCACAUUUUCUUAGUCUGGUGAUGUUUUAUUUAUUUAUUUUUUGUUAUUAUUAAUUCUUCUUCCUCCUCCUCCUCCUCCACCUUUCCUCUUCC